AAAAAGAGAGGAGAGGAUCGUGGAACUGCCUUUUUUUUUUUUUUAUUUUUCGUUAGCAGAAUAGAAUAAAAGAUAUUUUGGUAAAAAGAGUAAUUAGUGAAAAUAAUAGCAGAGGCGCGAGACAUAGUUGCUGCUCCCCGCGAAAGAGCCAGAGUUAAAUGGUCGCAUUUAGUGCACAAUUUCCGCUUUGCUCGCGUGUCGCGCCCCCGUGUACCGUGCACCACGUUCUCCGCAAGAAAUCGCCGAGGAUUUUCAAUGAGAUGGCCUUCAUGAUGAAGAAGAAGAAGUACAAAUUCUCGGUGGAGGUGGACCUCGAGGAGCUCACCGCGGUGCCAUUCGUGAACGCAGUGCUGUUCGCCAAGCUCAGACUCCUCGACGGUGGAUCCUUCGUCGAUCAUUCGACCAGGGAGGAAGUACAAGAGCAUACAGUCAGAUGGAACGCUAAAUUUGAAUUUCUGUGCAAGAUGAGUGCCAAUGCGUCCACUGGUGUUCUUGACCCUUGCAUUUUAAGGAUAUCCGUAAGAAAGGAAUUGAAAGGAGGCAGGUCCUUCCAGAAGCUUGGCUUCACCGACCUGAACCUCGCCGAAUUCGCAGGAGCUGGACUCUGCAGAACGAGGUAUCUUCUAGAAGGAUACGACGCGAGACAUCGGCAGGAUAAUUCCAUGUUACGCGUUGCUAUCAAAAUGAAUAUGCUCUCAGGAGAUAUUCUAUUUAAAGUACCGUCUCCAUCGUUGAAGCAAACGCAGCUCGCAGUACCCGGUGUGCCAGGUGUUUCUGGUGUGACAACGGACGAAACUGUGUCUGAGAGGUGUACCAAUCGAGAAGACUUUGUAUCCAGUGGUUCCUUAGCUGGAAGCAUAGCUAGUGCCAGCAGUGGUUUCGGCAGUCUUCCUAAAAAAAGGCCUCCCCUCUUUUCCUCGGAGCUUCUCAGUGGGACAGAGUCAUAUGAUCCAAUGACCCUGAGCGAGAUUGUACCAUCGGCUCUUCCAGUGGAAACUCUAGCUGAAGCGCACACAGAGUCGGGACAUUCUCGUAACAGUAGCAACACCAGUCAGUUAAGCAAAGGUUCCGGCUAUGGAUCUUUAAAUUCUCACAGUCAACACAGUAGGCAGAGCAGUAGUGGUGACAGUGGUCACAUUAGGUCACCCUCCUGGCCGGUAUGGGCUCCACGUAUUCCCAAUACCUCCCAAAAUUCUUCGACCCAACAACAGCCCCCCACAAAACCUGAAACUUCUCUCAAUAUCGAGUCCCCGACCUCGUCUUCCAUCCUGCGAAAUCCACGAAAUCGGUUCUGGUCUACGUCCAGCCCUGUUUCGUCGUGCGAAGAAAAAUCAGUGAGAAGUUCUUUGAGGUCUAGUAUAGCGGCUGUUCCAUUAUCUAACGAUCAGAAUGAAACGAAUGAGAACGGAAUUGUUUCAAAUGACACGUGUCGCGUUAACGAGGAUGUCGAAAACGAGAUCGGCGUGUUCAAGAUACCUGGACCGCAAGACGUGACGCGAACGCGACAGUUGCGAAAGAAUUAUGACAGACAUAGUUUCGAUUCGUCGAAUGAGCGUAGUGUAGUAGCGAAUUCGUCGAUGAAAAAUCGGAAUGGACAACAGAACAGCGUAGUAGUCGCUCCAAUCGCGAAACCGAGAAUCGGUCAUCCAAGUUGGAGAAAUAUUUCGAAAACCUGUGAUUGCAUCGAGAAAGGAAAUAUGAGCCCGGUUUUGCGAUUGGCCGACCAGGCCAGAGCCGUAUCCUCUCCCGAUCCUCUCCAUAGGCCCGAUAACCCCAGAGCCUCGCUACGUUCCGCGACGACCGCUCAGACCCUCAGGGGUAUGGUUGGAGGUCACCGGAAGUUGCUGGACGGGGCGGGGGGCAAGCUGGCCACGGUCGCCACCAGCCCAGCGGACUCCGAGGAGUCCUCCUUAGGGGUACCGGAAGUCGCUCCACCGAGUUCCCAGCACCGAAACAGCAUAACCCCACCAAAUCCUUCCAGUGGUUCGGGUCUCAGCGAAACAGGAUCUCUGGAUCGAGCAAAAGCCGCGCUGGAGCGCAGAAAAAAGGCCGAGGAUGGAACCGGAAAUUCGAUUUUGUGCAGAGUUGAAGUGACGAGGCCAAAUCCGGAUUCCCUGAUCGAUGAGCUAAUCAAAGCAACGAAUUUGGAGCAAACUGAUCUCGAGAGUUCUGAGACUACUGGACUUCAGCUGUUCAUUGCGAAAGACGGGACGACCGCGCUCGGCAGCCACGAGAUCAAAAGUCAGAUGCCCGCGGGUGUGUUCAAGCAGGUGGUAAUGGAAGAGAAUAAUAGGUAACACGAAGCUAUCGGGACGAGAAGACAGUACGCAAGACAAGUCAGCGCCACGUUCUCGUUGGCCCUGGUGCCAGAGCUCGUCUACGAGGCCUACGAGCCCCGCUAGUUCACGAGAUCAACGAUGCUGGACGAGGGAAUCGUCGAGAAAAGACGGUGAACACGGCGACGAAACGCGAACGCCAUCUUUCAUCUCUCAAAAAAGGAAAAAAAAAAAAAAAAAAGAAAAAAAAAGAAAAAAAAAAUCCUCCCUAAUCUAAAAUUAUCCUUUUUCGGUUGCCUAUAACUGUCUUUCCGGCGUUCGGUGCUUCACGCUUCUCGUACAAUGGAUCGUCGAUUUAAACGCUCAAAAACGCUGCUAAAUGUUUCUUUUAUAUAUAUACAUAUAUAUAUAUAUAUAUCAAAUUAUGGGAAGCAGUCUUCGUUGAAUCGUGACACGCAUAUAUUUUAAAGAGGGGGAACCGUCGAUUUCUAGGAUGAUUCUGUGGCAACGAGAUGCAACAUACGCACCGAAACGCUUCGUUAAGAAAGAAGAAGAAAUUUGUACAGAGCGCUUCGAAAGAGAGGUACACACGAACUCAAUAACGCGAUAAUACAUAUAUAUAUAUAUAUAUAUUUUGUUCCGCGAAGUCGAGGCACAAUGCAAAAUUAUAUUUCCUUUUUUUUCUUUCGUUGUAUUUUCGUUAUUGAGAUUAAAUCAAAGAGUAUAUAUUGUUUUAAAAUAAAUAGCUUUGGAAAGAAAAAAAUAUGUAAAACGCGUAAAUCGAUAUAGAGAAAAAGAGAAAAAAAAAAAAAA